GCACUUCAUUGCCUAAGUUCCUUCGACUUUCAGUUGUGAGUGCCUCUUCUUAGCAAGCUUUCCAUGACGAUGGAGCAGUUCUUGGGAACCUGGAAGCUGGAAUCCAGUGAAAACUUUGAUGAAUAUAUGAAAGAAUUGGGAGUGAGUGCUGCAGUCCGCAACGCAGUGGAAUUAGUGAAGCCAAGCACCACUAUUAGUGUUGAUGGCGAUAAGGUGAACAUCACAACAGAAAGUUCUUUCAAGAACACUGAGAUCUCCUUUAAGCUGGGAGAAGAAUUUGAUGAAACCACUGCAGACAAUCGGAAAGUGAAAAGCACCAUAACAUUAAGCGGUGACGUAAUGAUUCAUGUCCAGAAAUGGCUUGGCAAAGAGACAACAAUCAAAAGACAAAUUGUAGAUGGAAAAAUGGUAGUGGAGUGUGCCAUGAAUAAUACUGUCAGCACUAGAAUCUACAAAAAGGUAUGAAGAAAGUGUCUACUUCAGUGAAAACUUGGUUACUCACAGGAAACUGGAUUCAAGAAGAUAUACAUGAAAGCCCAGGAUUGAAAACAAAGUUCUUAACAUAAUUGUUCAAUAAAACCAUGAAAUCAAGUGUAGUUUUGGAACUAUAUGAUUGAUGAUUAGGGACAAUUGAUAAAUUGGUGAAGCAAGGAGCUAUCCUGUGAGUGUAAAGCCCCCUUUCUCCUUGUCCACCUGACUUCCUCAGUCCUUGACUUCCCUCCAGUGGAUUCAUUACAUUUAGAUUAAGGCAUUUUAGGGGACUCCCUGGUAGUGCAAGGGGUUAAGACGCAACCUAUGAAGCUCACCACAAGCCACUACAGCACAAAUUCGAUCCCCAGCCAGGGAGGUGACCCACAUGGAGCAUCUAGUCAACCUCUCUUGACUAGCCCACUGCUCCCCUCAGCAGUGUAUUUCAGUCGAUCUGCCUGUUCUGUUCCCCACUCUGUCUCUGGUGAAUUCUCUCAUCCCCAAAAACUCUGACCUGUACCCCAG